AUGGCACAGGACGAAAUAGGCGCUCGGCCUGAGAUAUUUGCUAAUCAUUUUUGGGGAAAGGACGAGGCAGGCUAUGAAGCCCUUGUAACACGCCUUAGAGAGGCACGGCAGACGUGUGAGGAACUAAAGACAAUGUUCCAUGAAAGGGCAGUUAUUGAAGAAGAUUAUGGUCGUCGGUUGCUUAAAUUGUCCAAAGCUCCGCUUGGCAAAGAUGAAACCGGCACCCUUCGGGAAGCACUUGAGACAACACGCACCGAAUUAGAGACAAGCGGAAAUGCACAUAUUGAGCUUGCCCAACGCAUUAGAGACGAGUUGCAGCAGCAAUGUAAUGACUUUAUCACACAACAAAAGGAAAAAAAACGAGAGCAAACAACGAUCGUUGACAAAAGUCUCCGGAAUAAGCAAUUACAGAUGACUUAUGUUCAGAGGGUAAUCAAUGAAGCAAAAGAAAAAUACGAUGGAGAAUGUAUUAAAUUGAGCGGAUUGAUAGCAUCAAAACAAUCGGCAAGAGGAAAGGAACUGGAAAGGUUAAACAUGAAAAUCGAAAAGGCUCAGCAGUCGUCUCAAAUGGCAGAUCAAGAAUAUAAGCAUUUUGUUAAGACAAUGGCCGAUUUAACACAAAGGUGGAUUUAUGACUGGAAAGCGGCUUGUGAUACAUUUCAAACCUUAGAGGAAGAAAGAAUAGAAUUUACAAAAACCAAGAUAUGGGCAUAUUCAAAUCUAAUAGCAGCUGUGUUAGUACAAGAUGAUGAGUCGUGUGAGAGGAUCAGAAUGCCGUUGGAAAAAUGUGAUGUAGCCAAAGAUAUUGCAACAUUUAUAAAGGAACGAGCGACAGGACCGCAGAUUCCAGGCAUGUACACGACUAAUGUUAAUUGCAAAUGGUUACUCGAACGGCAAUCAGUUUCGUACGUCAACUUCUACGCAACACAGAAGGAUCCGGGACCGCAAUACACUACGGCGAAUUUCGAAAGAAACCAACCAUACGUUAUUAAAAAUGCUGUUGCAAGUUCCGAGUUAGAUUCAUCAAUAGACAACCAAAUUUCUUCGAUCACCUCAUCGGCACAGGCACCGUUAUCAACUGCAACACGAUUAAAUACGUACACUCCCCCGCAGCUAACGUCUCAAUCUACUCCAGCAUUUAUUAAUGAUCCAACAACUGGCAAUAGACGAGCGUCUCUAUAUGCAUCGGUAUCAUCCUCCAAUGUAACAAACACUACAACCAAAGAUGCCCCGCUUCCAGCAACACCAGAUGCUGCCACCGAUGAUGAACCAUUAAAUCCGCAAGCACAACAAAUACUUAGCGUAGGCUCUAAUCAAUUUUCAGUGAAUACCACUGCGUUUCAGGCAAGUAGAAAUAUAGAGCACGAUCCAAUUGCUGCAGCAUUGGCGGAAUUAGAACGUGCAGAACAGUCAGGGGAUAAUUUAGAACAGCCGACAGCGUCUGCUAAUUAUACACCAGCUCCAUCACAUGGCACGCCGAAGCCGUCUAUUCCGCCUACUACUCAGCCUCCAUACAAGCCUCCUUCACAACCUCCUCCGGAUUACUUUAAUUCAACAAUUCCUCAAAAAUCCGAAUUUCCUCCCCAGUCAUCCCAAGCACAACCGGCAACGCCGCCUAACAUCUCGUCGACUAAUGGAGCGCCACCGCAACCAGUAAACCAAGGAACAGUCCGCCCUGAUUCAUAUCGUGCUUCUACUGCUAUACUGGGCAUCACUCUCGAUGCACAAGGACGAGUAAUUCAGGAUAGUCUUGCUGAUGAAUAUGUUGCUAACGGUAAUCGUCUUCCUCUGGAAUCUGCUCGAUUCCAAAGUGUUAACAACGCGGCACGAAAUUCAAUCGAUCGCGGCCAAUCCUCCAUUCAGGCACAACAAUUCCGCACUUCUAUGUAUCAAGCCCCAAAUGGUCAGUAUGGAGCACAGAUUCCAUCAAAUGCCUCAAUGCGUGUAAAUAGCCCGCAGCGACAAUCUUUGGCAAAUAAUCCAGCGUCUCAACCCCCGUUACGGCUUAACCCGGGACUGACGCGUAAUAGUACUAUAGCCACAGGAUAUCCUCUCGGAUCGGGUCAUCCGCCAGCAGUACAGCCAGGAGCUUUCCAGCAAAAUAGGGGACCAACUGGCUUUGGAAGUCAAACGUCUACAAUACAGAGAAAUUCUACAAUUGGACGACCAUCAAAAUAUGGUGGUGCCCCUGGGAGGUUCAAUCAUACUGCUGACGGGAAACCGAUACUAUUUCAUGUUAGGGCAAUGUAUGAUUACACAGCUAAUGCUCCCGAGGAAAUGUCUUUCAGAGUGGGAGAUAUUAUUGCCGUUUUCAGGACUCAGGAUGAUGGAUGGUGGGAUGGUGAGAUUGUUGACAGUAGAGUUCGUGGGUUGUUACCAAGCAAUUUUGUAGUAAUGAUAUAA